CACAAAAUUGCAAAAUAAACAAUUUUUUGAGAGUUUAAUUCACCGAUAAAAAUUGCAAAUUCAGGAGGAAAUUUGAUCCCAUCAGCACUGAUGGGUCGGGAAGGAAGGAACGGGAAUGGCUACAAUUCCUUUGAUCAGGAAAAACUAGACCUUCCGGACGCCUUCAGUUCCCCACGAUCAGGUGAUGAGGUGGAAGCAGACGUGGACGACCCAGCGGAUUUACUUCAUUUACUCUCCAACACUGUCCGGCAGGAAUAUCUCAGCUACUUGGAGAAGCUUCUCUACUCCAACUAUGAAACCUGGAUGAUUUGCCGUACCCACGACGAAGGGUUUGAUCUGAAUCUCGAGGAUUUGCACGCCUGUGCGAAGACGUUGGAGUUGAAAGCCCUCAAAUCCUCCAUGAUUGUCAAUCUCUACCGGAAGGCGAUGCUAAAAAUUAUUUCAGAGAUUCGCCAGGAGACACAGAGCAAGAAACUAAGUGGACGCCUCGUAAAAUCCUACGAAAAGAUUCACGGAAAGUACUGCAAUGCCCAAACGCAAACAGAGGAGGAGAAUUUUCUCAUUGAGCGCUACUUCCGGGAAUCCCUUCCGCAUCCCGCAGGACCUCCGUCACCAAAGAGAAAGCGCAAGCAUCCAAAGAAGCGAAAAAGCCACGGGAAGACCAAAGAGGAAGCCCAUCCGGUGGUGCAGGAAGAACCACAGAGAGAAAAGGAUGAAAUUGAGGCGAAUCUGGAGAAGCUCUUUGCAUCGGAAACGGUUGAAGUGGACAUCUUUGAGAAUCCCGGAGAUCUCGAUGCGCACAUCAAGCUAGUUCUGUCCGAGACAAAAACCCUGGAGCCGCUGGAGAAGUCCCCAAAAUUCCCGGAAGUAGUCGAGGUGAAUGCCCAGGAUACUCUACGGGAUAGCAUGUGGCCGUGUGAGCUGCGGAUGCGCCGGAAGAAGCUCUAUCGCGUAAUGUGUGACGUCGGGGAGUACAGCCUGCGCCGGUAUGAACGCGUCAAGGCCAUCUUUGGGGAUCUCUUUGGUGAGGACAGUGACGACGAAGACUGCCCACCGAGUCCCUCAACGGACAUGGAUGCCAUAACGCUGAGCAGCUGCCGGAAGCGCAUUGCACCGACCAUUGUGAAGCAUCUCAUGAAGCCCUUCAAUGAGGGGCUCAUUGCCAAUCGGUGGCUCUUCAAGAAACUCGCCAAGAGUCUCGCGGACAGUAUUGUGAUUGAGAAUGACUACGCAGAUGAUCGCUAUGUGAGAGAUUUUAUCGAUGAAUACUUUGCCAUACAUCCCAACGUUGUCGAUGUUGCUGAUAUUGUCUAAAAAUCCCCCAAAAAACAAUAAGAUCUGCUGGUGCUCUCUUGAACUUUUCCUUUCUUUCCCACCUCUACGUAUUUCAGUAUGAUUUAGAAUUAAGAAAAAACGAAUUUCUUAUCAAUUUUUUAUUUUUAUUUCACAUUUUUGGCGCUUUUAGCCCAAUUUAGAAAUUGUAAUAUAAUAAAAAAUAUUCAUUUGUGUCCUGCACCACAAGGAAUAAAGAAAAAAAAAGAAUAAAACAA